UUCAAAUUCUUACUCGAUCUUGCAGAGGGAGGAGAAGCACCACGUGUAGCGUGUCGAUCGAUGGAGUCCUUUUCAUGGACCCACCUGAAAACGUCUGGACUUCACGGCUCCUUCCCCUGGUUUCCCACCAUUAAAAAGGCAGAGCACCUCCGCCUCCCACAGACCUCAACUCUUAUCAAUCGAAGCAUCACCAAACAUUAGCAAGAGAGAGAGAGAGAGAGAUGGCGGAAGGAAUGGUGAGCUACGAAUCGCAGUUGGAGGGCGACGUGCUAGAGGCCGUGCUGUCGAAGGUGCCGAUGCUGGACUUGGUUCCAGCAUCGGUCGUCAACAGGGCGUGGCGGGACGGAGUCGCCUCGGCCCUCGCCCGCCCCUCCGCCCGCCCAAGGCCCUGGCUCUUCCUCCACCACCAGCGCGUCCUUGGACCUUCCCGACUCUCCACCCACGCCUACGACCCGAACUCCGGCACUUGGGUCCUCCUCCCUCACGUGCCGUCCGGUCCCCUCGCCGCCGACGAGACCAUCUGCGCCUCCCAGCCGAGUCUCCUCUACACCCUCACCCCCACCUCCCUCUGCUUCUCCUCGGACCCGGUCAAGGCCCGGUGGGUUCGCACGUCCGAGGAGGCCGGCCUCCAGGUCUGGCGCCGGGAUCCGGCAGUCGCGGUCGUCGCGCCGGAGGGCCCCUCCCCGCGCGUCGUCGUCAUGGGUGGCACUUGGGAGUUUGAGGAAGACGCCCUCGCGGUGGAGGUCUACGACGUCACCGCCGGGCGGUGGGAGAGGUGCGAGAGCCUCCCGGAGCGCCUCAAGGGCGUUUCCGGCACCACGUGGCAGACGGCCGUCAGCGGGCGAUACGUCUACGUGGUAGAGCGCGGUUCUGGGGGCCUCUGCCGCUUCGACGUGGAUGCCGGGAAGUGGGGCCCUGCGGUGGAGCUCCGCCAGGACCGUGCGGUUUUCCACUCGUCGGUGGUGGUUUCCGGUGACCGGAUCGUGCUCGUUGGCGUGUCCACUGAGGGCGUGAGGCUCUGGGAGGCCGAUUACGAGAGCUCGAAGUGCGAGUUGAUAGGCCAGAUGCCGGCGGAGAUGGCCGAAGGGUUUAUCGGAGACCAGUUUCCGACGGUCUCGUGCCUGGGCCAGAGGGACUUCAUUUAUAUGUACAACAGCAACAGGCCGGAGAAUAUCUACGCCGUCGAUAUCUCUGCCGGCCGGUGCGACUGGGAGAUCAUAAAGAAUCCAGCAACAGGCGACGUGGAAAGGAUGAGUAGGGUUGCGCUCACAUGCUCCCAGGUGAAGCUCGACGAUGUUAGGAGGGUUUUCCGGCCAGAGUUAACUGCAUUCCGCGCAUAGUUGAAGGCUUCGAUGACCAAGGGCGGUUUGCCAGGAAGACUAGACAUCUACAAAGGGCCGUGAAAGAGGUGGUUGGCGGUUUCCCGCUGGAGAAUCGUGGUUUACCGGUAAGCGUGAGCACUGUGGCCGUCCAUCUCGAAAUGGAUGGUGGCCAUUUGCUUCUUCCGCGAGGAAUGCGGCCACUCGUGUUGUUGGCAAGAGAAUCAAGUGAGUCAUAUUGUGGAAUGGAUAUCCUUAUCGAUUUUACAAAAAGACGUUCAAUGUACUUUAUAUUAAAUGUUUUUUAA